UGGUAUGAGAUUGGGGAUCAUCUCGAUAGACUUCGACCGCCAUGCCGCGUGCGCGCUCACCUGAUCAUUUUCAUAGUCUGCGAUGCCUCAAGAGUAAGACACACGGCUAGGCCCGUACAACGGUGCCCAGUAGCUCAGACAACCUUCAAGGCGUGAGUACGGGUAUGCCUAUUCAAUGCCACGGCUGGGCUUCUUCUUGACCGGACCACAAUCAGUCAUGCAAAGUUCUUGACGCUCUCAUCAAUGGCGCAGGCGGACUGCCUUGGUGUUUUCUUGGAGCAAACCCGCCUCGGGAUCGCAUGGUACCGGUUUUCGCAGCGCUACGUCGUUUGCCUUGCCCAGAGCAUUGGCGGUGCUUCGGCCAAGGCUGCUCGUCCCACGCAAGGGGAGGAAAAAAAAAGGGCAAUGGAACAACUGGAAAUACCUACCAAUGCUGGGCGCAGACGCACGCGCUCACGCGCAGUAAUCGUCGCGGCCGAGUCGGCCACAUUGGCGGCUUGGCAUCUUGUGGAGGGGCCUGGGGCAGCCCUUUUUUUCACUUUUCACUUUUUCGAUUUUAUUUGUUCUCUUGGCGGUGCUGAUUUCUUGGCAUCGAGUGAGCCUGCCGAGUCGGAGAUUUCCGUACCUCAUUGCCGGUACUUCCCCAGGUCAAAUAUCAUUAUCAUUCAGCGUUUUUCUUCUGAAGUUGUACUGCGGCUCAAUUGCCGAUGGUAUGAGGCUUGGAAACGGCAUGAGGAUCCGGUUUGCAAACUUACUUCUGGUGUGCUCAUCGGCACGGGGUAUGAGUGGAAUUUUUCAUCAUGACAACAAUUCCCCCAGAAUCUACUAUGUGCUCUCUGACUUCUUACUCCUUCAACAAAUGAGUUGACAGGCAAUAAAAAGUGAACCAUGAUACAACACGGAUGGUGACGCUUUCUCGAGAAUUUCAGAACCAAAACAAUAUUCUCAGGCCUGCA